AUGCCAACUCAUGCUGUCUCCCCAUGCAGCGUGAUGACACUUUGUUACUGCACUCUGGUGAUACUUUUACAUUCAGUAAGCUUGCGAGUGGACUUAACGCAGCCUCGCAACUUUGAAUGCCCACUGAUGUAUGAAGUCUCAGAAAACCAAGGAAGCGGCACAGACAGUUCAGGAAGCAGUUUGGACAGCUGUGUCACAGCAUGUAAGAAGAUACUCUGCAGCAACAGUCUGCUAGAGUCAACAGACUACUGGCUACAGAAUCAGAGGACACCAUGUCGGAUUGGCUUUCUGGAAGACAAGUCCGAAAACAGUUGCGCCUCAGUUUGUUUUGUGAAUCUAGAUGCAAAGAAAGAUGACUGCAGUGAUGAGCAGUUAAAACAGAGAUUGAUCAGUGUCUCUCCAAAUCUCCCAAAACUUAUCAGCUCUAUGAAUGUACAACCACCUAAAGAAAAUGAAAUAAUCCUGCUGAGCGGAUUAACUUCAGGAAACCUUCGGACUGAUUUUGAAGUUCCCCAGUGUUCUUGGCUGACAGAUGUCUGCUUGGUUCAGUGUGCAAGAGGGGACAGAAAAAACAGCACAAGCUGCAUCAUCUUUGAAAUAAACAAGUUUCUGAUUGGACUGGAACUUGUGCAGGAGAGGCAGCUACAGAUAGAAGCCAAUGUCUUAAAGCCUGAGGACGAUACAAACUGUUCAGUAUCUUCAAUCGAAGAAGAUUUCCUCACAGCAUCAGAGCACCUUGAAGAUGAGAAUGAGACUGAUGAAUAUAAAAAUGGCCAUGAAAAACUAAAUGUCACAGAACUUGUGUCAGAUCCCAGGAAGCAUAAAGGAAAAGGACUUGAGAAUCUUCAUUAUAGGAAGGCCAGAUUGCCAUUUACUCUCGAUAAGAAUUGUGUUAAUACAGAAAAUGUGGCUUCUGCUAAAACCUCAGGGAAUUCAGAAGCAGCAGUGAAUGUUGUAGCUGAAGACCACCUUUUACCAAGUGGAGAUAAAUUAAUCCAGGAACUACACUGGAAGAAUGAUUUAGCUGGAAGAGCUAGCUCCUCCCACAGUACUAAGAGCCUAGAAGAUUCCUUAACAGGUGAGGCUGAAAAUACUUGCCCAGUGUGCACCUCUGAAGAUGCAUCUCUAACCAUUAUGGCCAAGGAGGAACUGACUUCUCUGUAUGACACAGUAUCAAAACAAAACAGUAAAGUAAAUGCAGAGGACAUUACAUGUGAAAGGCAACCUCACUCUGCCUUGCCAAAUGAACAAGCAACUACAGGACAGUAUGCUACAAAUUUAGCAGAAUCUGUUUUACAAGAUGCAUUUAUUAGAUUGUCCCAAUCUCAACCCACUUUUAUGGAGGAGGCUGCUGUUAGCAUCUCCAUUGGAAAUUCCUUAAAUUCAGCCACUUGUACAAAUGAAGAUGUAACAACAUCCCGAUCAUGGAAUGAACUUCCAAAAAUCGUCAUUGUACAAAGUCCAGACAAUUAUGAAAAUACAUCAGAAUGGCCUGGUUCUGGUUUUCCAAAUCUAUGCCGUUGGUCUGAAUCAGAAAAUUCUGAAGCCUCAGAUUACUUGGAGGAGGACAGUUCAAAUGGGAAUAGCCAGGGUGCACUGGAAGUGGCUUUAGCUUGUGCAGCUACAGUGAUUGGAACCAUUUCAAGCCCCAAGGCUGCAGAGAGAUUCAAAAGAGAACAAGAAAGCACAGAUUCUCAGAGCGAAAUAGUUGAUAAUGAAGAGCUGCAGACAAAAUCUUCACAAGGGCUUGAUGGCUGUGCAGAUCUGGAAUAUUCAUUUCCAUCUGCUCUCUGCGGCAUGACUCAAGUAGCAAGUGCUGUAGCAGUCUGUGGUUUAAGUGAAACAAAGGAAGAUAAGUACCCUGUAACUUCAAGUGGACUCUUGUCUGCAGCUGAGGCCUCUGCAGCCAUUACACUCCAUUGUAGCAUAGCCAUAGGAAGCAGCAUGGAGAAGCUGAAUGAUAGCAUUGCAGAGGCACUCCUCAAAGAGGCAUCCAUAAUUUUAACAAAGCCCAAUACAUACAAAAAUAUAGGAGACUUUAUGGAAUCCAUCAAUGGGAGAAUUAUUGAAACUGCCACAAGCCCGCAGAUUUCACAUGUGGAUGAAAUGAUGAGUGAUGAGCUUGCACAAAACUUAUCCAACAUCAUUCUGAGGCAUUCUGUUGAGGAAGUUAAAAAGAAGAGGCAGCUACACCCUAGACCAGAUAGUAAAUCAAAUGCAUAUGACAUUUUUAUGGACACUGCAAAUGAACUGCUUUUUAACGUGAUAUAUUUCACAUGCAAGAAGAUAAGCGAUAUUGCACAGGUUGAUGAGUGUUCACUUCUCUUUUCUGAGGAUUCAAGUAGAGAAAAAGAUACAGAAACAAAAAGCCAACAGACAACAGCUAAUCAAGCAUCACAGAAAGCUCCAGAUCACUCUAACCACAACCCACUUAGUACCCUUUACAAUGCUACUGCUGGCAGAGACGAUAGUAACAUACCAAAUACAAAGACAGUUAGUGAGAGCGAAAGUGAAAUAGUGCCAAAUAGCAUGAAAAGUGCCACACUACAGUCAGACCUGCCGGGUAGAAUCCGUGGGCAAAAUUCACUGGUCGCAAGAACAUCCCCCAAAAAAAGAUAUCUGAAAAGAACUACAAGAGAUUGCUACAAAUCCCCAAAUCCAAGUAACAACCAAAAGAAAAAAGAUCUCAGAUCUUUUUCAGAUAGAGAUAACACACUUAGAGCCAAUGAAUGCAGACACGGUGUUCAAGAACAGCUAUUUUCUGAUGCCAUUGUGAACAGAGAAAGUCAAGAUAAAGUUAAGUAUGACAAUGUGCUAAACAAUGAAGUCCAAGUUAAUGUGUCUUUAUUAGGUAACCAUACCUUGCUUCCUUCUCAGCCCAUGCUGCAGGUAAAACAGUCAAGGGAUAAAUACUGCAUAACAGAUUUUGCAGAAGAAUUGGCAGAAACAGUGGUCUCUAUGGCAACAGAAAUAGCUGCCAUUUGCCUUGAAAAUUCAAAUGGCAAGCAACCCUGGUUCUGUGCAUGGAAAAGAGGAAAUGAGUAUCUGGUGACCCAAAGUUUAUCAUGCAGAACCAUAAAAAGAAAGAAGGAUACUCAGCCUAAUGGCUCAGUUGUUAGGAAGCACAGGCCACCUAGGCUUAGUGAGAUCAAAAGAAAAACAGAUGAACACCCUGAGCUAAAGGAAAGACUGAUGAACAGGGUAGUGGAUGAAUCUAUAAACCUUGAAGAUACCCCAGAUUCUGUCAAUAUCUUUGCAAAUGAAGUGGCCGCUAAAAUUAUGAAUUUAACUGAAUUGUCCAUGGUUGAUAAUGUCUGGCAGGGUCCAAAUCAUCCCAGGAACAGACUUCACUGUGAAAGGUGGAGCAGAGCUAAGGCCUCAAGCUGUGAGAGCAUACCAGAGGAGGAUUCAGACUCCAAGAGCUUUUUGAAUAUGCUGGGCCCAAUGAAUACUUUAGGCCAGCCAGUGAGUCAGACCAGCUCUGUCUCCAAGCAGUCUAGCUGUGAAAGCAUUACAGAUGAAUUUUCAAGAUUUAUGGUAAAUCAGAUGGAAAAUGAAGGAAGAGGGUUUGAUUUGUUACUGGACUACUAUGCAGGGAAAAAUGCAAACAACAUCUUAACUUCUGCCUUGCAACAGGUAGCCAGGAAAAACAGCCACCUCAAUGUAAGGCCCAGUUGCCCAUCCAAGCAGUCUAGCACAGAAAGCAUAACGGAAGAAUUUUAUAGGUACAUGCUAAGAGAACUUGAAAAGGAAAAUAAAGAUAAUUUAUCUUCCACCAGAAGUUCAAGGGACUGCAGUAGCAGUUUGCUACCACCUCCUCUGCGAACACCAUUUUGUUUUAGACAAUCUUCUAUGCCAGACAGCAGAUCAUCAGGGUCCAGGCUAACAGUGAAUGCCCCAGUCAAGGCAAACUCUUUAGAUAGCUUUGCCCACAGCAGUAACUUGGAUUCCUUAAGCAUACAAGUCAGUACUGCAUCUUCUUCAGGUCUCUGCAAGUCAGAUUCAUGCCUAUACCAAAGAUGUAGGACUGACCAGAUAACUGACAUGUUAAUUCAUGAGACGUGGGCAAGCUCAAUUGAAUCACUAAUGCGUAAGAACAAAAUUAUAGUGGAUGAAGCAGAGGUUACAGAUCCUGAUCAGUUUUCCAGUGAUUCCCCACCGCAUGUAGAACAGUAUGCAAAUAGACUGGCUGCAAAUAUUGUCGAAAGUGGGAAAACUUUAAUUGCUGUCCAUCAAGAUUCAUUUGACCAUACAAGCAGAGAACAUGUCACAGAAAACAGGCAUCUCCCAAGUGUGACACAAGGUCACUCAAAACCACCAAGGGACAGAAUACAUUUAGAUGGGAAAAAAGAACAUAUUACAAACCCUGGAUCCCCUACUUUAAGCCACACGAGCUCCUUUCCUUGCCUAAGGGACGUCCCUUUGAUUCAAAUAGAAACUGAUCAAAGAGAAGACCUGGAUAAAGACCCAGAGCCAUUAACUGCUAGUAGCAUCCCCUGUGGAAAAGCUAAAGAACAUGCCAACAAAGAAAAGCCUCCAGAAGCAUCUUCUGGGAAGCACGUGGUUUCAAGCUGCUUAAUAAAUAGCAGCAUUAGUACUAGGACUGGAACAGAUGCUGAAACUGUGGUGGAAACAAAAACAGCUGAAGAAUUCCCAAACCCUCUCAGCAGCAGUGAUGAAAGCAUGGGCAGCUGGUCUCAGCUAGUGAAUGAUGAGGAUAAUCCUGAUGAUACAAGUAGCUACUUACAACUCAGUGAGAGAUCCAUGAGCAAUGGCAACAGCAGUACAACUAGCAGUCUUGGCAUUAUGGACCUGGAAAUUUAUCAGGAAAACAUGCCAUCUUCUCCCAUGAUUAAUGAAUUAAUAGAAGAAAAAAUGUUCCUUAAAGAACAGCCAGAGAACACAGAGGAAAGCACCUCUGGGCUGUCAGUGGGGACAUCCAAUUGUCAAAAGGAUCUGUUAGUGAUCAACUUUGAUCUGGAGCCAGAGUGCCCUGAUGCAGAGCUCAGAGCAACACUUCAGUGGAUAGCUGCCUCUGAACUUGGAAUCCCAACCAUCUACUUCAAGAAAUCUCAGGAAAAUAGGAUUGAAAAGUUUCUAGAUGUUGUGCAGUUAGUUCACCAGAAGUCCUGGAAAGUGGGUGAUAUCUUUCGUGCAGUGGUUCAAUACUGCAAGCUACAUGAGGAAAGCAGAGAGUUGACACCAAGCCUUUUUGACUGGCUUCUCGAAUUGGGAUAAGGAACCUGUUAAUGUUCAGCAUUUUCUUUUUAAGUCCCGCUUAAGUGGCCGUGGUUUGUGUAACGCUCUAAUUUUCAGAAAUCAGUACAUAAAAUGAGCACAAAUAUACAAACUCAACUGGCACAAUACAGGUCCAUUCCACAGGUGUACACUGAGCCAAGUGAAAUCAAGGUGUACUUAUACUGUUACAUCAUGUGAGGGACUUUAGACGUGUUGUGUUUUAGAAUGUACUGUACUAAGAGAGGAAGAAUUAUGCCUUUUAAAUUAAUAGACUAUAAAAUGACUGGAUGAAAACAGGACAUAUUUCUGUAAUCAAAUAUUCUGUUAAUAUCCUUUGGUUAAUUUAAUCAAGUGCAGUGGA